GUAUUCGUUUCACGACAUGAUCUACUCGAAUUGGAACAAACCCGUCACGCAUUUGAUUUUGCAUUUGAAAGUCUGAAUAAUAAAAAAACUCUCACCUCAGUUUUCUCUGUUGAUUCAACACAACCAAAAGGGACAAUUGGUCCUAAUAAAUCUAAACUUGAAGGUUUAAGACUUUGUUAUGGAGGUAUCUGGCGUCAAAAAUUAAUAAAUGAUUCUAUACAAUAUUUAGGAUUUGGUGUUAAUUCUGAAGAACAAGAAGCGAGAAUUUAUAUAUAUGAUACUAAAACAAUUCAUCCAUAUAGUAAAGCAUGUUUUGUUUCAAGUGGUAGAUUAUUAACUCCUGUAUUUGAAUCUAGUGAAUAUUAA